CAACUCCCCAUCGCUCAAUAAUAGUCUCUACUACUUCACCACAAGUCUUUCAAACAUUUAGACUCAAAAGACCUAUCAACAGUUCAAAAUGAAGUUCUUCACUGCCGCCGCUACCCUCUUCGCCGGCCUCGCCGCUGCUGCCCCCUCCAACAAGGCCGCCCGGACCGACACUGUCCAGCUCGAGUUCUGGGCUGCCGCCGAGAACACAUUCACAGCCCAUGUCCCCAUUGACGGCUCCUACACCUUGAUCUCCAGCGAUCUCUCCUUCACCCGUAUCUCCGCCUACUCCUCCGGCAACACCGUCUGCCACAGCUACGGCGUCGACGGCUCGGACACCGUUCUGUACGGCAGCGCCCAGGAUGUUCCCAUCGGACCUCCUCAGGAGCAGACCUAUGCUACCUGUCAGUACCUUUAAACUCCAGGCGCUUUCACCCUAGUGUUGGCAGAGGUGGCGGGGAUCUGAGGGGCUAUUCGAUUCUGGAGGAACCACCUUUUCUGGACUGUGAGGCUUCACUUCACAUUUGCCUGCUUGGAGGCUAUCCAUUCUGACUAUAGACGUUGCGAUCUCACGCUUAAGAUGAGAGAUGAAAGACUAGAUGGGAGGUAGAGCCGGGCGAUGAAGUCGCCUUGAUUUGAUCAUACACAUAGGAUCAUAGAAAUCUUU